AUGUCCUCAACUCCGGAAACCGAGUCGCAAAACAUCACCCUUGCCUCCAAUGUGCUAGGCACAAUUGGCACAGUCCUCUGGUGCAUCCAGCUCCUCCCACAGAUCUGGUCGAACUGGCGGCGGAAGGACACAGAGGGGUUUCCGCAGUUGAUGAUGCUGCUUUGGGGAGUUUGUGCGGUGCCAAUGGGAGCGUAUUUUGUGCUGCAGGAAGUGAAUAUCCCACUGCAGAUCCAGCCACAGGUAUUUGGGUUCUUCUCGCUGGUGGCUUGGGGGCAGAUUCUGCAUUAUACCCACAAGUUUUCCUGCCCUAAGGCCACAGCCAUGGUGAUAGGAACGGUUGCGCUCUUCGCGGGCGUUGAGGCGGCGCUGAUUCUCUCUCUGAGGAUACCGUAUAAUAACGGCAUCACCUGGCCUGAUUUGCUCGUCGGAGUGAUUGCAGCGAUCUCUCUGGCGGGUGGUCUGAUCCCACCGUACUUUGAGCUGUGGAAGAGAGGCGGACGGGUAAUCGGAAUCAAUUGGUUCUUCCUUGGGACGGAUACGCUAGGUGGUCUCUUUUCUCUCUUUGCGCUUGCGGCGCAGGGAACCUUUGAUAUAUUGGGUGGCGUUCUGUAUAUCGUUGUGAUUCUCUUAGAAGUCGGGAUUAUUGGCAGCCACAUUGGAUGGCGCAUUCGAUACCGGAAAUUACUUGCACAGGCCAAGAUCACAGGCAGGAGUGUCGAUGAGCUGCUUGGGGCGAAAGAGGCAGUGCACAACCGAGGCAGCGACAGCGAUGUCGAGAGUCAGAUGCAUGGGGAGAAGUGA